AUGAAGGCAGUGCUGCUGAUCUUGGCUGUGCUCUGCCUCACGGGAAGCCAAGCCCAGCACUUCUGGCCACAGGAUGACCACCAGUCACAAUGGGACCGAGUGAAGGAUUUAGCCACAGUGUACGUGGACGCGCUCAAAGACAGCGGCAGAGAAUACGUGUCCCAGCUUGAAGACUCCACCGUGGGCAAGCAGCUGAACCUAAAACUGCUGGACAACUGGGACAACUUGACCACCACGUUCAGCAAGGUGCGCGAACAGCUCGGCUUGGUUACCACAGAUUUCUGGGACAAACUGGAAAAGGACUCACGGGGGCUGGUCCAGCAGUUGAACUCUGAUCUGGCAGCCGUGAAGGAGAAGGUGCAGCCCUACCUGGAAGACUUCAAGAAGAAGUGGGAGGACGAUGUGGCGCUGUACCACAAACAGGUGGUGCCGCUGGGCCUGGAGCUCCGCCAGGGCGCGGGCCAGGGGCUGCAGGAGCUGCACAAGAAGCUGACGCCGCUGGGCGAGGCGCUGCGCGAUCGCGCGCGCGCCCACGUGGACACGCUGCGCAACAACCUGGAGCCCUACAGGGAGCAGCUGCGCCAGAGCCUGGCCGAGCGGCUGCAGGCGCUCAAGCAGGGCAACUCGCGGCUGUCCAAGCUGCAGGGCGAGGCCAGCACGCACCUGCGCACGCUCGGCCAGAAGGUGUCGCCCGCGCUGGAGGACCUGCACCAGGGCCUGCUGCCGGUGUGGGAGAACAUAAAGGCCGGCUUCCUGACCGUCUUGGACGAUGUCAUCAAGAAGCUCACCCAGUGAGCCGCGCUGCUGGGACUCUGGCCCUCUGCGGGCUCCCUCUGUCGC